AUGUUGGCCAUUGUUUAUGCUGCUACUAUUUGCAGUGGUGCAAGCCGCGGGGAAAUAAUAUACCUGACAGCCUCUCUCUUUCUCAAUGCAGUAACAGCAUCCGAUAUCAACUGCAACGGUAACGUAACAAUCCGGAAUGGCGAAGAUGCGAAAAACGUGCGAGAAAAUUGCAAGACGAUUGCUGGGAAUCUGGAUCUGGACAUCUUUGAAACCUGCAACUUGGAUGGCCUAGAGGAAGUCCAGGGAAAUGUAGUGCAUAAGUGUCCCACAAAGCAACAGGGACUGGAUUAUUGUAUGGACGCAUCCACAACCUUCACUAUAAGCAGCUCUACUUUGAGAAGUAUCAAUGGCUCAUUGAGCUUUUUCCAUUAUCGGGGAGUCGAAAAACUGGAUUUCCCUAAACUCAACAAGGUCCGCCAAGAGAUCAGCCUAUACGCACCUUACAACCUUACACACAUCAAUUUUUCCAACCUGGAGUACUUCGGAGCUUUUUCGCUAAAUACGCCGAGUUUGAUAGAGCUGCAGCUCGAUAAAUUUAAGGAGUUCACAUCUAGAGGAGUUUCCAAGUCCGAUGGAACACCCUUAGGACCAUACGUCAACAUCCACAACACUGGAAGGCUGGAAUCCUUGGACAAAGUUUUUCAGAAUCCAGUGAACCCCUACAACACAUGCAAUGAUGGAGCUAGUAAUAGCUUUAUCGACUUUCACCGGCUCACUGUUCGGAAUCUGACUUUUGGAUGGACACGAAUCCCGUCGAUGACAAUCGAAGCCCAAAGUCAGUUGACACUCACCUUGGGUGGUCCUGAAACUGAACAAAUGGAGUUUGAAGGCAUUCUUGAGAUUGGGACUGGCGUUUCAGCCAUCAAUCACCACAGGAAGCUGAAGAAUUUGACUGUUUAUGGUUUUAAUACAAUGGAGAGCGCCAUUAUUGACUUGGACCUCUCCUUCAACCAAGUUGCAAGCGUGAUAGUGUACGCCAACCCUCAACUCCGCCAGCUCAGGCUUCCAUCUAUGGCGCAAUCAUGGAAUAAUCUUUAUCUCACCAUCCAGUCAAAUGAUAAUCUGCUACUCUCUCCUACAAAGAAUGGGAGUGACGAGACUAUUUGGCACUGGCCAACCGGCGACAUGUCAUCGGUGAUAAUAAGUGCCAACAUAACAGCCGAUUUCUUGUAG